AUGGGUUGUAAAAAUUCAUCCAAUAUUUUAGAGACUACUCCUAUUAAAUAGAAUGAAGAAAGUAGCUAUAUUUAUUAAUUACAUACGGAACCAAGAAGUCAUCUUGGGGUUAACGAGUUAAAGUACAACUAUAGAAUCUCAGAGUCAACAAAGGUGCUUGGAGCUGGAUAGUUUGGAAAAGUAUUUUUGAGUGAGAGUAUAGCUGACCCAUCAUUUAAGGUGGCUAUUAAAGUUCUAAACAAAGUUAAACUCAAAGAGCAUAUUGACUCAAUAAGAGAAGAAGUUAAAAUUCUCACUAAACUUGAUCAUCCUAACAUUAUUAAGUACUAUGAAACCUAUGAUGAUGUGAAGUAUAUAUACAUGGUCAUGGAAUAUUGCUCAGGAGGAGAGCUCUUUGAUAAAAUUUUAGCUCAGAAAAACUCAUUCUUCUCUGAGACAGGAACACCUUUAUUUAUGGCCCCUGAAGUAUUCGAUGGUGAUUAUAAUGAAAAGUGCGAUAUUUGGUCUCUAGGAAUUCUACUGUAUUGUUUAGUCUCAGGCUUGCUACCAUUUAUAGGAGAUACAGCUGGUGAAGUUAUGAGAAAAAUUAAAAAAGGAAAAAUAAGCUUAAAACCAAAAGAAUUUCAAAAUGUUACAAAUGAAUGCAAAGAUCUUAUAAAUAAGAUGCUAACCUUUGACAGCUAUUAUAGAAUUUCUGGCAAAGAUGUGCUUAAACAUCCUUGGUUUAUGAUUUUUGACUAAUAAAUCUUGCUUACUACUUAAAUCAAUGAUAAAUCAUUAGAUGAAAAUAUUCUUAAUAACUUAAGAAAGUUCAGGGGAGUUUCUACUUUGAGAAAAGCUGUGAUGAAUAUAUUAGUUAAAAUGGCGAGUAAUGAACAUAUAGAGUACUUGAGAGAAGCUUUUAUUGACUUAGAUAAAGAUUCUUCAGGUUUUAUAACCGCUGCCUAGUUAAAAUAAGCCCUUAUUAAUGCUAAAAUUUAUAUUAAAGAUGAUGAAAUUGAGAAAAUCAUUAAUGAGGUAGAUUUUAAUGGAGCUAAACAGAUUAACUACAGUGAAUUUUUAGCUGCAACGAUAAGUGUCAAAAAAAUUAUAACCGAGGAAAAAUUUCAAGCGAUAUUUAAGUAAUUUGAUACGGAUGGAAGUGGCUUCAUAACUAGGUAGAAUAUAGCUGAAGCAAUGAUCAAAAUCGGUCAUAAGGUCAGUGGGUAAGAGAUUGAUGAUAUCAUGAACAAGCAUGAUAUUACUAAAAAUGGAAUUAUAUCUUAAAAGGAAUUUAGAGAGAUUUUUAUGUCCUGUUCAAAUAUUACUUAAUCUCAAUGA